AUGGAAACUCUGGAGUCUGAAACCAAAAUGUCCGUCCAGCCUGAUGGUGACACCAUGGAAGACUCAAGAGAUCAAGUUGAGGACCAUCCUGACUGGGUUGAGGGCGACUUCACCCUCGUCAGUUCCGACAAUGUCCGCUUUUGCAUUCAGUCGUGUCAUGUCCUUUCUGCGAGUCACAUGUUCCGGACCGCCGGUCGCCUUGCCACGACUGGCGACUCCACCAUCGAGUUCACCGACACCGUUCUCGAAACGGCCACUGUCAUCAACAACUUUUUGAGGACGAUAUCCACUGGGAAUGGGUUGUACUAUACCUACCCUGUCACUCAGGAUGAUUGUGGUUGGCUGAAGGAAUGGAUCGGGAUUGGCCAUGCGAUAAACCUUGUGGGAUUUCUCAGCAAGUGGGAGUGUGAAGCCCAACUGUCCUCCAUGCGGCUUCAGGCUCGCUACUUGCGCAGUGAAGCCUCUGAGUGUAAUUCACACUACUUCUUCAUGUUGGGUGCGCUUCUCGACGAUCCCGGCUUGUGCUUCCAGGCCUUGGAGAGUUUUGAUAUCUGGGAUGACGGGGAUGACGGCAACGAGGGAGAGUUUGGCGGCAGGGUGGGUUGUGCGAUGAUUGAUCCGACGGCUCUCCCCUUUUGGGCUUGGUCCAUUUUGCCAUCGAACUACCUUUGGGCUCUCACGAGGUCAUGGGGACACGUCAAGACGUCCCGCAGGUCCAAACAUGAGGUCGAGACGGUUGAGGACACUUUCCUUCGCCUGAUGAAGGCCAUCAAAGAAUACGCCUCACACAGAGAGGGGCAGCUGAGACCGAUGGUUCCAUCGAGGACGAAGACUCCGAAGACGAAUAAUGAAACUCGAUUAUGUCACGCUGUCGUGGAGCCUGUUGAUGUCGAGAUCACGACCAAUUCUUAUGAGAUCAUGAGAUGUCUGUGUCACUUGGAGGACGUGUCUCCAUCUGUCGACACCACCAGAAACGUCUUCAUGACCUCUUCGCUAGUAUAUCGGGUUCAACUCCCUGGCGGAGAAGACAAGCACGUCUAG